AUGUGUUCCCCAGAUAUCUUCCUCGGUUUGAUCGCAAUCCUCUUCCCGCCUCUUGCUGUUUGGGUCAAGACAGGCCUUUGUUCCGCCGACUCCCUCAUCAACAUCUGCCUCUGUAUGCUAGGCUUUGUUCCCGGGCUCCUUCACGCCUGGUAUAUCAUCGCCAAGUUCCCCGAACAUAACUACGAAUCCAUACCCGCGGAUCAAGAGUCCGGGAGAGUGACCUACAUCGUUGUUGACGGCCAUGGAGCUCGCCGCGCAGUCAAGCCCAACGCGAGACUCCAGCAGGGACACAGUGGCGGGUACGGCACUUCGGCUCCUAUGGCCCCUCCGGUCCACCAGGAUCAGAUUACCGGCACCUGGAACAAUAGUGCCGCAGAAGGAAGUAGUGGAGGUGCGGUUCCGCCUUCCUAUGCUGAGGCUGUGAAGGGAGACCACAAGAUCCAGACGAGAGACUAG